AUGCGAACAUUUGCAGAUAUACAGCGUCGAUGGACGUCGCUGUUCAGUACCUCGAUCGGUGUCGACUUGAGACAGGCUGUAAGGGACGGCGAAGGCUUUGAUCCAUGUGAAGAUGGGCUGCGAUCUGUCUCUUGGAAGUCUUUCCUCCUUUACGGACCGUUGAGCCAGGGUUCAUGGUCUAAGAAGUUAGCGGAAUCGCGGUCCGCAUAUGUCUCUCUUCGAGACCACUUCUUGCGCUUUAUAGAGCACCCGAAUGACCUUCACUCGUCUGCAGAUCCCCUUGCAGAUGAUGAAAGUUCUCCCUGGUCAACUUUACGGCAGGACGAGAUCAGCAGAGAGGAGAUAUUCCAGGAUGUUACCCGAUGCAUGCAGGAGAACUACUUUUUCCGUGAACCCAGUACUCAGAAGAGGUUGCUCGACAUCCUCUUCAUUUACGCAAAGUUGAAUCCGGAUAUUGGCUAUCGGCAAGGCAUGCAUGAACUAUUGGCACCUAUCAUCUGGGUUGUCAACCAAGACGCCGUGGAUUUAAGCUCUGUCCCGGAGAGUGAUAAGAAGGCGGAAGGAAUGGACUUCAUGAUAGAAGUGUUGGACGGCAAAUUCGUGGAGCACGACUCGUUCAGCCUCUUCUGCGCCCUCAUGCAGACUGCGAAAGCAUUCUACGAGGUUGGUGAGAACCGGGACUCGUCCCCCAUAAUUGCAAGGAGCAAAAGAAUCCACGACGACAUCCUGAGCGCCAUCGAUCCAGAACUGGCUCUCCACUUGCAUGUGCUCGGCAUUCUCCCUCAGAUCUAUUCAAUCCGCUGGAUUCGACUGCUCUUUGGGCGGGAGUUCGAGUUCAAGGACGUCCUCCGAGUAUGGGAUGUCCUCUUUGCCGAGAAUUUGCGAUCAGAUAUCGUCGAUUUGACCUGCGUAGCAAUGCUAUUAAGAUCCCGCUGGUCACUGAUCAAUGCAGACUACACCGCCGCCAUUACCGCACUAACCCAUUAUACUCUGCCCAAUUCCGCGGAGGACCCCCGCUCCCUUGUCAGAGAUGCCGUCUUUUUGGACAAAAAUCGGGACAGCGAGGCUGGGGCGAUAGUCAUCCAACGAUAUUCUGGCAAAUCGCCGAAGAGAAUUGAAGUUCCGAAUAGUCGUAGUCAAUCAGCUCUCAGGCCCAACAGAGUCGGUCAACACCGGCCGUCACCAACGACAUCUCCUGGGCGAUUCGCCUCUCCACAGCGGCAGCUCGAAGGGCUAUUCCGCGAAGUUACUGGCAAUCUGCACAGACGAACGGAAGGGUGGGAUGUUUCGAAAGCCGUUAGAAGCGCCGUUGGUGAAGUCCGACGCAAUAUGAACAACUACCAAACAUCGCACCCUCGACAUUCGAGUCUUGAUACGCCUCCACUGGUUGCCCCGAGCCUGAAAAGACCAGACGGGGAUGAUGGAGAGUUGUUCCGGAAUUUGGAGCAGAAGGUGGAAACGCUUCAGGAGAGGAAUCUGGUACUGAGCCAGAUGCUCGAUGAUGCUUUGGCGUCGUUGAGGGCGAUCAAGUUGACAGUCCCAGAAGCAGCUAGGGAGUCAGAACACGACCUAAAUAUCUGCCUCGCCAAGAUCCAAUUUGUCUCAGUCUAUCUCUCCAAUUCAGACAUACCGAUACCUAAGGAACAAAAGUUUCAGGAUACAAAGAACCCAGCUCAAACAGCCGAUCCGUCUGUCACCGAGUCAGACAAAGAUAGCCGUCACGAACAGGGCAACGAAGAUCCGACGAAAGAAGAUAAGGAAGCAGAGCCACAAACCACAGAUCCAGCCCAAGCUGUCCUUAGCGGAAAAGGUGGCGCUAUUGUCACAAGCCAGGCGUCGUCACGGCCAUCGCUCAUGGAUUCCUCGUUCUCGUUUAUGCUUGGUGAAAAUCGUCACCGAUCCAGUUUUGUCAGUUCAGUUGCCGACUUACCAGAACAUAGAAGGGAAAGCGAGUCCAGAACUAGACCCAAGAAGAGGACGGCUGAGACCAAAGCGCAGCAGGAGCAUAGAGAUUCGGGGAGUGAGGAUGACGGUUUCACCUUGACUAAGAUCCAAGGACAAGGCUGA